ACCCUCCUCAACCAUGCUUAAGUUUUUUGUACAAGAAUUUACGAAACAAAAUGACCAACAAUUUUGCUGUCAAAUUUUAGCUGUCAAAGCAUUUCGUGAAAGUAGUGUUUCUAUGGUUGUUAUGUAGAACAGGUGAGUAGUUUCAAAGAAGAAAGUUGAAGACCGUAGAUUUAAAAGAGUACACAAUAAACAACAAAAGAAGGGGUUUUAGAAGGACUAUAUCGAGGAAUGAGAAAAAAUGGAGGAAUUUUGAUUUCAUUACCAGUUCAAGGUGAAGAAAGCCAAUGUUACGUGAAUUUUAAAAAAGAUUUUUACUGCAGAAGCUAGGUAAUCAUCUAAGACCAAAACUGUAGCGCUUCCUACAAGAUGUAACUACUGAAGAUUGAGUCUAGAAGAUUUGGGACGAUACUUAAGGAAGAAUAAGACACGAUACAAUUCUAGAAGAAGUAAAUCCAUAUGACAAUGGGUUUAAAAUACUGGAGAAGAAUCAACAGAAGAAGGGUUUCUAGAAGGAUCAAACUUGGGAAGACGAAGAAAUACAGGAAUUUUGAUGUCAUUAAGGGUGCAGAAAGUAAAUGCUCACGUGAAUUAAAAAAUGUUAUAAAAAACAUUCGGAAAUGGGAAAGAACACAGAAAUUUCAACUUAACGCGAAAUUAGAACUGAAGAAGGAAGUUAGAUGAUUUGUAUUCGAGAAGCUUUUGGAAGAGCAAGACUCUUAAAUAAGAAGAACCAAAAGAUCUUUACUACCUGAACAAGAAAAUCAUCUAAGAUUAAAACAGUAGUGCCUCAUACAAGAUUUAACUAUUGAAGAUUAAGUCUAGACGAUUUGCGACGACGCUUAAGGAAGAAUAAGACAAGACACAAUUUUAGAAGAAGUAAAUCCGUAUGACCGUGGGUUUAAAAUACUGGAGAAGAAUCAACAGAACAAGGGUUUCUAGAAGGACCAAACUUGAGAAGAUGACGAAAUACAGGAAUUUUGAUAUCAUUAAGGGCGAAGAAAGUAAAUGCUCACGUGAAUUAAAAAAUGUUGUAAAAAACAUUCGGAAAUGGGAAAGAACACAGAAAUUUUAACUUAACACCAAAUUAGAAAUGAAGAAAGAAGUUAGAUGAUUUGUAUUCGAGAAGCUUUUGGAAGAGCAAUACUUUUAAAUAAGAAGAACCAAAAGAUCUUUACUACCUGAACAAGAAAAUCAUCUAAGAUUAAAACAGUAGCGCUUCAUACAAGAUUUAACUAUUGAAGAUUUUAAGUCUAGACGAUUUGCGACGACGCUUAAGGAAGAAUAAGACAAGACACAAUUUUAGAAGAAGUAAAUCCGUAUGACCGUGGGUUUAAAAUACUGAAGAAGAAUCAACAGAAGAAGGGUUUCUAGAAGGAUCAAACUUGGGAAAAUGAAAAAAUACAAGAAUUUUGAUAUCACUAAGGUUGAAGAAAGUAAAUGCUCACGUGAAUUAAAAAAUGUUGUAAAAAACAUUCGGAAAUGGGAAAGAACACAGAAAUUUCAACUUAACACGAAAUUAGAAAUGAAGAAAGAAGUUAGAUGAUUUGUUUUCGAGAAGCUUUUGGAAGAGCAAUACUUUUAAAUAAGAAGAACCAAAAGAUCUUUACUAUCUGAACAAGAAAAUCAUCUGAGAUUAAAACAGUAGUGCUUCAUAUAAAAUUUAAUUAUUGAAGAUUAAGUCUAGACGAUUUGUAACGACGCUUUAGGAAGAAUAAGAUAAGACAAGUGCUUCAUAUAAGAUUUAACUAUUGAAGAUUAAGUCUAGACGAUUUGUAACGACCUUUAGGAAGAAUAAGAUAAGACACAAUUUUCGAAGAAGUAAAUCCGUAUGACCGUGGGUUUAAAAUACUGGAGAAGAAUCAACAGAAGAAGGGUUUCUAGAAAUACCAAACUUGAGAAGACGACGAAAUACAGGAAUUUUGAUAUCAUUAAGGGUGAAGAAAGUAAAUGCUCACGUGAAUUAAAAAAUAUUGCAAAAAACAUUCGGAAAUGGGAAAGAACACAGAAAUUUCAACUUAACACGAAAUUAGAAAUGAAGAAAGAAGUUAGAUGAUUUGUAUUCGAGAAGCUUUUGGAAGAGCAACACUCUUAAAUAAGAAGAACCAAAAGAUCUUUACUACCUGAACGAGAAAAUCAUAUAAGAUUAAAACAGUAUUGCCUCAACCAAGAUUUAAUUAUUGAAGAUUAAGUCUAGACGAUUUGCGACGACGCUUAAGGAAGAAUAAGACAAGACACAAUUUUAGAAGAAGUAAAUCCGUAUGACCGUGGGUUUAAAAUACUGGAGAAGAAUGAACAGAAGAAGGGUUUCUAGAAGGAUCAAACUUGGGAAGACGAAGAAAUACAGGAAUUUUGAUAUCAUUAAAGUUGAAGAAAGUAAAUGCUCACGUGAAUUAAAAAAUGUUGUAAAAACAUUCGGAAAUAGGAAAGAACACAGAAAUUUCAACUUAACGCGAAAUUAGAACUGAAAAAGGAAGUUAGAUGAUUUGUAUUCCAGAAGCUUUUGGAAGAGCAAUACUCUUAAAUAAGAAGAACCAAAAGAUUUUUACUGCUUGGGAAAACUGAAGUUCAACAAGGAUUAUACUUGGGAACGAGAGGAAACAGAGAAAUUUUGAUUUGAUUGCUGGAUCAAGGUUGAAGAAAGCAAAUGCUCACGUGGAUUCAACAAUGUUCUAAGAAAUGGAUUUGGAAAUGGGAAAAACCAGACCUUCAACGCGAAAUUUUAACUGAAGAAAGACCAAAGAUUUUUAUUGUUUGGGCAAACACCGGAAGUUAAGAAUGAAAUUAAACAGUCAAAUUUCAUUACGAUUUUAGAAUACUCCCGUUGGGUUAGACAAAAAUGAAGUGUCAGUAGACAUUAAAUCUAACGGGAAAAAUUUUACAAAAAUUCAAGCAAAAAAUUAUAUCUAACGGGAAAAUUUUUACAUAAAUUCAAGCAAAAAAUAUGAACGUAUUUAAAGUUCGCGACAGCGAAAAUGUAUUUCAUGUUAUACAACAAGUACAAAGCCACUUGAACUUAACGCCUCAUUAUGUACGACUUGACGAACAAUAAUGACAAUAUAAUUAACAUAUCCGCUCCUAAUAAGUGCCCUUUCUUAAGUCCGUUGCCAUAUCCUCAUUGUAUGAAAAUGACCACUCCAAUAUAUUCAAACCACAUCAGUCACACACAGCAACUCAAACACCGUCUACCUGAACCACCAACAACUCCACGAUGACCGACCUGCCGUCGAUCCCCGAAUUCUACCGCAACAAAACCGUCUUCAUAACCGGCGGAAGCGGUUUCAUUGGAAAAGUCCUCAUCGAAAAGCUGCUUCGCUCGUGUCCGGACCUAAAGACCAUCUACUUGCUCAUGCGAGAAAAAAAGGGCCGAUCUCCUGAAGAAAGAAUCAAAACCUUCACCGAUCUACCGCUUUUCGACGUGCUCAAGUCGCAAAACCCGGACUCUAUAGCCAAAAUCAAGAGCGUCGUUGGGGAUGUUCGCGAGUUGGGUUUAGGGUUGAGUCUUCAAGAACAGCAACUAUUGAUUGAUGAAGUCAAUGUUAUCUUCCAUAUUGCUGCGUCUGUGCGCUUCGACGACAGUUUAACGGAUGCUGUGAUUAUGAACACGAGGGGAACUAGGGAGGUUGUAAAAUUAGCGCUGGAAAUGAAGAACUUGGAUGUUUUGCUUCAUACGUCGACGACGUAUUGUAAUACUAAUCAUCAGGUGGUUGAGGAGAAGUUGUAUCCGGCGCAUGCUGACUGGGAGAAGACUAUUGAGAUAGCUGAGAGUAUGGAUAAACAUGUCAUGAAUGUGUUGACUCAGAAGUAUAUAGAUCCUCUGCCAAACACCUAUACUUUUACUAAGUCUCUAGCUGAGCACGUUGUGCAUGAUAUGUCCAGUGGGAAAAUUCCGACUGUUAUCUACAGACCGUCUAUUGUGGUUUCUACAGCCUUUGAACCUAUGCAAGGCUGGAUCGACAAUUUCAACGGCCCCAUAGGUCUCCUUGCAGCCUGCGGCAAAGGAAUAGUUCGAACAGUGUACAGUGACCCUUCCAUCACAUCCGACUACGUCCCUGUCGAUUUAACAAUCAAAGCCAUGAUCAUAUCCUCAUGGAAACAAGCAACAUAUAAAGACCCAACCCAACGUCUCACACCAUCUUUCUACAACGGUAGCAACUGCAACGUCCAGAACGUCACUCUAGCCCAAGUGGUUGAUCUAGGCAGGGAAAUAUGCGAUGAAGUCCCUGUUAGUCAAGCCUUAUGGUACCCCAACACCUCAGUGACCAAGUGCUACUACAACUUUAUCUUCAAAGUAAUAGUCUUCCAUUUCCUGCCGGCUGUAUUGAUCGAUGGCUUGCUCAAACUGGCUGGAAAAAAACCCAUGCUGACGAAAAUCCAGAGGCGGAUUUUCCUUGCCAAUAUGGCCAUUUCGUACUUUUCUUUGCACGAGUGGAAGUUCGUUAACGACAAGUGUUUAAAUCUGAAGAACGAAUUGGUCCCGGGCGACGUUGCCGAUUUUUCCUAUAGAGAAGACGAAAUUGGCGUUUAUGAUUUUUUUAGAAACGGGGCUAUAGGGGCUAAAAAGUAUCUUUUGAAGGAGAAUUCAGAUCUGGAGAAGGACAGGCAACACUUGAGGAAGAUGUUGAUUGUGGCGUAUAUUGCUAGUUUCUUGUGGUAUUCUGCCUUGGUGUGGCUUGUAUUUUUCAAAUUAGAUAUUGUUUCUUUUUUGGUUAACAAAUACAACGAUGUGAUUUUGUACUUUACGACGGAUUGAACUAAUUGAACUAUAGCUGUUAUUUUUGGUAUUGUCGAUAUUUGGUUUGUUUGGUAUAUAAUAUUAGGUUUUUUCACGUUUAUAAUAUAAAUAAAUAAGUUUUACUAAAUAUUGAAA